AUGAGUCAGUCGCCGCCUCGAGCCCACAAGGGGCGCACGCCGGCGAACGAGGACGCGGCGCACGAGACGCUGCCGCUGCUAAACUACGAUACGUUCGAGCCCUCGAAGCCGCUGUACUCGCUCGCCGUGCGCGUUGACCACCCAGCUGAGGAAAAGUGGAUCGAAGAUGCGUCGCCGACCAAGCUGCGCAUCGCGGACGUGCGCGUCAUGGACUGGGACCACGCCAACACGGUGUCGGUCGCGGCCAGCCGUCGCAGCUCGAUGCGCAAGAUGUCCAAUUUCAGCGACAGCGCGGGCGCGGAGGACAACGAAGGCCUCAACGUGCUCUUGGAUCCGUACUAUGACGUGACGACCGGUCGCAUGCGCCGUCUCUUUGCCUACUUUACGCACGACAACAAUGACCUCGUGACAUACGACGCGUUCCACCACGGGCUGCUCGCGCUCGGCAUCGUGUGUCCCGAUGGCGCCGACUUUGACGCGUUUGUGCGCAAGGUCGACUCGAACGCGGAUCUGCACAUUUCGUUUCCCGAGUUUGUGCGCGUCGUGCAGAUGGUCAAGCUCGCGCACCUCUUCAAGCCCGAGUACGUGCUCCAGGCGCGCGCACUCCAAAGCGUCUUUCGCGUCGUCGACUACUCGGCUCUGACCAUCCACACGGUGGAUCCUGUCCGGAAGCUCGAGAGCUUCAUGUUCUCGACCAAACCCGCGUGGGCCAAAGUGCGCUGGGUGCACAUGGCCGGCAUCAGCGACCUCAACGAUUUGCACAUGCGCCGGCUCGCGAUCAAGUACCAGCUCCACCCGCUCGCGGUCGAAGACUGCCUCAAGAAGAGCGACAGCAUUCGCUGCAAGUACGAGCACUACGAAGACCACACGUUUGUGGUGGUGCCGGUGACGCGCCCCGUCGACGACGCCAAGUCGUGUCUCAUCCAAACGUACAUUCAGAAGCACCGCAACUUGCUCUUUGAGCGCGACCAAGCGCUCGCCGACGGCAACGAAGAGUACGCGGACGAUGACGACUACGCGUCACAGACGCCCGAGACGCUCCACGGCAUGCUCAAGAACCUCCGUUGUCUCAUGCGCAAGCCGCAGCAGCUCUGCAUCUUUAUGACGCGCGACGACAACGUGCUGAGCGUCCAGGAAGACGCGGACGUGGGGGACGACGCUGCGUUCCAGCUCUGGGGUGCGAUCUACGACGACAACAUGGGGAAGUCGUACUCCAAGCUCCGCAACCACAAUGCGCAUUUCCUUGUGAUUGCGAUUUUGAACGCGAUUGUCGACGAGAUGCGGCCGCUCAUCCAAGUGUUUGAGGUCAAGAUCGCAGUGUUGGAGGCCCUCCAAGGGCUCGAAGGCACCAAGUUUGACACGAAGCUCCUCAUUCGGCCGUUCUUGGACCUUGUCGACGGCCCGAUGAGCGACCAACCUGAAUUUCAAACGGGCGAAGUCCGCAACUACGUGCGCGAUGUAAAAGACCACCUCAAACAAAUGGCGAGCGACGUCAAGGAGUACCAAGUCGCGCUCAACACAAUCCUCAACGACGACCAGUACACGCGUGCGAAAGCACAGGCGGAUGUGUCGUACACCAUCUCGCUCGUCGCCGCGCUCUUCCUUCCCGGCACGUUCAUGACGGGUCUCUACGGCAUGAACUUUGACAACAUGCCCGAGCUGCACACGCAGAACGGAUACUACGUCUGGUGGUUUGUCUUUGUGUGCAUUUGCAUCAGUAUGGUAUCAUACCUUCGCUUCUACCGCGGAUGGAUUUAA